GAUAUAAAUGGUCGAGAAAAACACUACAAAGCAUUUUUUUGAUCAUACUUUGCAAACUGUUAUCCCUUCGGAUGUUCCAAGCCCUCAGUCUGAUACACCAAGCUAUAAAUCCAAUGUGAGUAUUGAAAAGGAUCACGAUCAGUUUCUCAAAUUCAAGGAAGAGAUGAAGUACUUAUUCACUGAUAUUGCAGAAUCUUCAAUAUAUUUCCUAUACAAAAAAUUCAAAAGUUCUCCGAAUCUUUUGCAAGAUGCAACAAAUGUAUUUCUUGAUAACGGCAACCACCUAUUAGAUGAAAAAGUACAAUCGGAGGGCAACAACAAAGUGGAACACUCUAGCUCAAAACAACCUCGAGAAAAAGAAAGUAUGGUAGUUAACAAAAAGGCAAAGUACGAGUAUACCAGUCGCAAAAACCAGAUCGAACCUAAUAAGAAAGCUGAAACUUCUAGGUAUUUCACAGCGAAAGUUAAAAAGGUUAGUAAAGCAAGGCCCAAAUCAGAUGCUAGUACAAAUAUACAAACCUUAUCAAUGAAUCACAUUGAAACACCAUUUUAUGAUACAAGUGCUAUAAAGGAAACGAAUUAUUGGAAAAGAUACAUAGGAACAAUGAAUAUGUCUUGUUGGUGCACAAGAUCGGCACAUAGCUUAGAUUCCAUUUAUCUUGACAAUAGGCUGAUUUUUACAAAACCAUCAGCAUCCGAUGUGGUAUAUGUAAGUCAUCAAGCAGAAAACAGCAAGUUUCGCAGAGAAUUGGGUAGGCUUACUGAAGAUAUAGCAGAGUUUAUUGGACCUUUAAUCGAUGAAUCUGCAAUCGUUUUUGAGAAUAAAUUAUUUUUUGUUGAGGGUGAAAGGCUAAGCACUGGAGAUACUUUUGUUAUACGAUCUGAUUGUUUCAUCUCCCAGCAAAUCUUUGAAGUAGAAAAAGGAGCUGACAAUCUGAAUGAUGAGUUUGAUUUGGAACAGUUAAAAGUAAUGAAACAUGCUGGUGGUAAUGUUGAAGCAGGUACACGUUUAAAGAGUGCGGUAUUGAAGCUUUUUCAAAAACUAGGACUUAAGUCCUUGAAAGAAAAAGACAGAGAGCAAAAGAAAAUUGAUUCUUUACAAAAAUGUGAUAGUGAUGAUGAAUCUGAAUUUCAGGAGCUACACAAAAAUGCGCAGCUCGAAGAGCUCAGUGGUUCAAAUGACCCUGAUCAGGAGAAUGAUAAUGCAUAUGAUAAUGGGAACAAUAGAGAUGACUCGGCUAAUGACGCUAGACUUACGUUGAACCAAGUGAAAGAUUUAUACAGGAGUACAGAAGUGAAUGAUUUGCAUCAAUCUCUUCCUGAAAGUACCCCAAACAACUUUAAAAUCGACUUGAGACCAUAUCAGAGACAAGGUUUGAGCUGGAUGCUAUAUCGUGAAAAGGAAUAUGACCUGAUUGGGAUCAAUAAUACAAUUUACACGGAUGGCGAAAGGAGUUUUAUGGUCGAACAGCUUAAAUCUCUAGAAAAUUCAUUGAAUCCUUUGUGGAAAGAAUAUCAGUGGCCAAAGCCACCAGCUAGAUUGCAGCAUUUGGAAUCCCAACCUAAUUUUCCUGACGAGUUUUAUUUAAAUCUUUACAAAGGAUCGUGCUCUCUCACAAGACCUUUGUUAAAGUCUACAUGUAAAGGUGGCAUUUUAGCAGAUGAAAUGGGUCUAGGUAAAACAAUCACAACCCUUUCUUUGAUUUUAUCUUAUCCUAAAGAUGUAAUAUAUGAUUCAUUACCAUUAGACGACAUUAAUAGACGCAAGGACUUUGCUUUCGGUACAACAUUGAUUGUCGUGCCUAUGGCAUUAUUGACCCAAUGGGAAAGAGAAUUCAUGAAAGUAAUUGAAGAUCAAAAAAUACAUCGAUGUUUUAUUUAUUACGGUUCAGAUUCCCUUGGAAACCUAAAGCAGCUACUAUGUAGCAAAGACGCACCAACUAUUGUCCUAACUACCUAUGGUAUGAUUCAGUCUGAAUGGUCUAGGUUCAGUAAGUCAGAGGUUUCUUCUAAAAACUAUGGAUUGUUUUCUAUUAAAUUUCUUAGAAUAAUCUUGGACGAAGGGCACAACAUUAGAAAUAGGACCACCAAAACGGCAAAAGCAGUAUAUAAUCUAAGGUCAGAUAGAAGGUGGAUAUUAACUGGUACUCCUAUUAUAAACAGGUUGGAAGAUUUAUUUUCAUUAGUGCACUUCCUAGAUUUGAAACCCUGGAGUUAUCAUGCUUUGUGGAAGCAGUGUAUCUCGUUACCUUUUGACACGGGAAAAGAAGUGGAUGUUGCUGUUGAGUUACUAAAGUCUAUCCUUGAUCCAAUCCUUCUACGCAGAACAAAGAGUCAAAAAGAUAAGGAUGGAAACUACUUGGUUGUUUUGCCUCCUAAAGAGGUAAACAUUGAAAGGUUAUCAUUCAACAAAAGAGAAAGAGCAAUAUAUGAGUGGCUUAAAGAGAAAGCUGUAAAUUCUUUCAACGAAAAUUUUAAGUCGGGAAUGAUCUUCAAAAAUUAUUCUUCUAUUUUGACCCAGUUGUUAAGACUGAGGCAAGUCUGCUGUCAUAUUGACUUGAUUAAAACAGGUGAAUCUGAGGCAAUGGAUGAUCCGGCAAGCUCUCUUGCUGUUGAUAAGCAACCAAAACUCUCUACAAAAGCUGAUGAUGAAAUUCUUUCACUGGUGGAAAUGAUUGAGACCAAUGAAAAGCAACAAAAGCUACCUAUUGAAAAGAUCAAAGAGCUGAAAGAGGAAAUUUACAAACUAUAUCCAACCUUCGAAGACACAGAGUGUUCGAUAUGCACAGAAAUGGUUAAUAUUGAUACUUGUAUAAUAACAGAUUGUAAACACUGCUUCUGUUUAAGUUGCCUGACAGAACACUUUGAAUUUCAACUGAAACACCCAAAAGACAAUGAAGAAGCUAACGCUGAGGAGAUAGAUACUGGUGCCGAUGAUAACCAGUUUCUGAAAGCAGAGGAAGUGUUUUGUCCCAUGUGUCGGACACCAAUCAACAGAAAUCGACUUUUCAGAACUGUUGGUAAAAAGAAACCAACUGCCGUAGAUAUGGUCAACUUAGACGUGAAUGAUUCACUACUGACUCAGAAAACAAGUUUAGGCUCUUCAGCAUCAAGGGACUAUUUUGUCAGACCCUUCACUCCAAAUGAGCAGUCUUCUAAAAUAAAUGCACUUCUAAUUCAUCUUGAGCAGAUUAAACAAGAAUCUCCCGGAGAGCAUAUUAUCGUAUUUUCCCAGUUUACAAGCUUUUUGGAUAUUAUAGGCAAUGAGUUAGAAAAGUAUACAGAAGAGUUUAAAGUCCUUAAAUUUGAUGGCAGAUUAAAUCUGGAACAAAGGCAACAUGUAUUAAAUGAGUUUGAUAAGACUCUACCUGAUGGAGAAGAGAAAGUGUGCAUUUUAUUGUUAAGUUUGAAAGCUGGUGGUGUUGGCUUAAACUUGACUAUCGCCUCAAAAGCUUUUCUAAUGGAUCCGCAUUGGAACAACGCUAUUGAAUUCCAGGCUAUCGAUCGACUUCAUCGAGUGGGACAGUCUAAAAGUGUGAAAGUGAUCAGAUUUAUAAUGGAAGGGAGCAUCGAAGAAAGAAUGUUAGGAAUUCAGGAAAGAAAGAACCAACUAGGCGAAGCAUUGACAAUUUCCGACGAAGAAAGAAGAAAAAGAAAGCUCGAAGAGUUGCAAAGUUUGUUCAAAGAAUAAAAGGUUGUAAUCAGUAAAAAAUGAAACAGUUUGGAUCCAUUAUCGUACUAUUGGAAAUUUUGUUUUCCAUUAUCCACUUUUUGAUUUUUAGCUUGUCAAUAUAAACUCUGUAUUUUUCAUCCUGCACAAAAAUGUAGUGAUCACUGUAUUUGUACUUUUCUAAAUAGUAAUCCAUUUUCGCAUUUUUCAUUCCAUUAUCAGAUAAAACAUUAAGAAAUGAAAAGGCAAACAAGAUGUCCUCGGUCCUAAAUCCUGUUGU